GAAGAGGAAGUGAGAGAUAACAUUAAUCUUCACAAUCAUUACCACCCCCUCACUCAUUGCUGUUGCUUCUUUCUUCCUUAACUCAUUCCUCUACUCCUACUGUUCCCCCCCUCACCUGUUUCUUUCUCUUUGUUUCUCUCUCUCUGUCUCUCCUUCCCUACUGCUGGAAUGGUGACUGACGAAGGAGGCCUACACAUACUCUCUCAUACGCACACACAUUUAUUAUACAGCUCCACUGUUUUACUACACUUUCAAAACAUUGUCAAGUGUCGGUGUCUUGAGAAGAGACACUAAGACAGGGUAGAAGAGGACAGUGGGUGACAGUGAAAGAGAUUCCUUAGUGAGGGAGAGAGAGGCGACUUAAAACAAGUACAGAUAAAACGGGUGGGUUACAAAAGGGUUAGGUGAAUAGUUUCACCCCUUACUUCUACCCGUAAGUCCUUUUCAUCACUAACUUUUUCAGUUCUUAAAGAGCAUGCAACAAGUUUUUAGUUUACAUUUCGGAUAUCCGUUUUUCUGCCACUACUUUGGAUGAACCCCAGAAUUACUUAAUGUUUGUUUAAAGCGAAAUACAUUUGAUAUAUCGUAUACACACUCAUUCAUAUAUUUCUGGCUGUUGGAAUUAUAUUUUUACUCGUGUUAUUUAGAAAGUUUAAUCUCAUUCUAACUAGUGUCUCUGUAUUUAUCUCUCGCUCUCAUUUUUUCUGUACCCUUCUUUGGCCCACAUUCGGAAGGCGAUGUUUUAGGAAUGCCAUCCAGUCAUGACGAAAUAUCGUCCCGAUGACGACGAAUACCGUCGUUUAGUUCAAUUGAUAUCUCAAUGGAAUGAUGACCAUUAUGACAUUUUUGAGAUUGCUCAACCCAACGAGAACCUCGAGUUCCAUGGGGUUAUGCGAUUCUUUUUCCAAGAUGCUGGCGCCAAGGUUGCAACUAAAUGCAUCCGAGUGUCCAGCACCGCAACCGCCAAAGAGGUAAUUGAUGUUCUCAUAGAAAAAUUCCGUCCGGAUAUGCGAAUGUUGACGCAGAGCAAUUAUAAUCUGUAUGAAGUUCACCCAAAUUUAGAUGAGAGGAAACUAACUGAGAAUGAGUUACCACUGGUGAUCCAACUGAACUGGGGCACUGAUAUGAGAGAUGGACGUUUCUUACUGAAAUGUGAAAAUGCAAUAACUGCAAAGGAUGAGUUUUUUGAGAUAGAAAGGGAUGUUGGAGGGUUCAAGAGAAAACUGUCGAAACGGGAGAAAAAAGAGAAAAAGAAGAGAGAGAAGGAGAGAUUAAGAAACAAAGAGAAUUUGGAGAAAGAUGCCACCCUUGCAGAGAAACUUUACACAGAUGUGCCAGAAAACAGUUUUACUCGGAGUAUCUCUAACCCCGAGGCUGUUAUGCGACGCCGACGCCAACAGAAAGUAGAAAAACGCCUGCAGGAGUUCCGUAAUGAAGAAGGAGGUUCAGAAUCUGGUGGCAUGUUAAAGGUUUAUGGGGAAGCUCUGAGCCCUAAUAUUCCUUACAAGACCCUCUUGGUCUCUGCAACAGAUACGGCCAGUUUUGUGGUUGAAGAAACCUUAGAAAAGUAUGGAUAUCCUAAAGAGGAGGCUUACAAAUAUUGCUUAGUCCAAGUGACUGUUCCAAAGGGAGAUCGAGAAUACCAUGGUGGAUCAUUUGGUGAAGAAAGUUUUGUCCAGGAUGAUGAUUACCCAUUGUCUAUUUUACUCCAACACGUCUCCAAAAAUGCAAAGGUAUCAGAACAAAUUGAAGGUAGGACACCAACUUCCUUUCGUCUGUUUGGUGAUGCAUCUCAUUGUGUUUUUUGGUUGCUCUUCCUUACCGAUUCUCUUUCAGUUGCCUGCAAUCUAUGCUUGGCACAGCAUCGACUAAUUAUGAAUAUGUACACCUGUGACAAUUGUAAUUCACCAUGUGGCCUUACUACAUGUGGUGAUUUGCCAUACCUUGUUGAAAUUCAUCCUGGAAUGGAUGAAAUGGAUGGUAGGCGUCACCAUUUGCAGCUGAAUGUUACUGAAGUCGGCAGUGAGAAACCAACGUCUGAGAGUGGACAAUACCUUCAGUUAUUUGGUCCAAAUAUUCAUCCAUGUCACUGUGUGAUUGCACACAUGAAUGGAAGCGUGACGGUGACACCAACUCGGAAAGAUGCUGAGACUUACAUCAAUAAUCGGCGGAUCUACGAGACUACCCUCCUACAACAUGGUAUGUUGGUACAGUUUGGGGAUCAUCAUGCAUUCAGAUUUUGUGACUCCAGAUCUGAUGAGAGACACUCCAAAGUUCCUCGGUCUCCCGAUCACAGACUGCAAAACAACCAAAGGGAUUCUCAAAUCAGACAAUACGACCCUGAAAUGGAUACUGGUACCUACGCUAAACCAAUAGAGGAAAACAUUCCCCGCCAUGAGAGAGCAAGGGAAGAAAUGCUCAGAAAUGCUCCCAACUCCAUUCCUCAUAGCCCCGCACGACAGCCAACACCUUCAGGAAAAAUUGGCGAUGAAGUACUUCCUGCUGCAUUAGAGUUCCGUGAAGAUGCACAAACCCAAUUUCUAUCGGAACUUGUUCCAAAUGUGAAAUGCAAUGCUGUUCAGUUUAAGUUAGCACCAACUUACACCUUGUAUUUAGCCAUACGUUAUCGACUAUCCAAUAUCUAUCGACCAGAGAUAGAACCAGCUGAACGGGCUUCACGGUUGACUAAUUUCAUGAACAAGAUGGCUUCUAUGAUGCAACAAACUAUCAGGGAUAAGAAUAAGGACCCAGCAUCACUUGCAUUUUGGAUGGCAAAUGCAUCAGAAAUCCUGAAUUUCCUCAAACAAGACCAAGAUGUUCGACUCUUCAGUCGCGAAGCACAAGACAUUCUGGCACAAUCUGUCCAAAUCGCAUUCCAUCAUCUUGUGCAAUGUUUACAUUUUGACCUCAGUCACACGAUGCCAGCUUUCAUAAAUGAUGAUGAUUCUGUGGAGGAUGAUGAUUUUAGUGUCCCAGAAACUGGUUAUCGGCAGAAAAUGCAGCCGACACUCGGUGAUGUCCUCCGCACUUUGACGGCUGCCAUGAACCUUCUGCGACGGUGCCGUGUGAAUGCAGCACUCACAAUCCAACUGUUUUCUCAGCUCUUCCACUUUAUCAACAUGUGGUUGUUCAACCUGAUAAUUCAGAAGCCACAGUUCAAUCUCUGCACUCGCCGAUGGGGCAUUAUACUGAAGCGUCGACUCGGUAAAGUGGAAGCAUGGGCUGAGAAGCAAGGACUGGAAUUGGCUGCUGAUUGUCACCUGUGUCGUAUCAUCCAGGCUGCGCACUUACUGCAGGCACCAAAGAACAAUAAUGAUGACAUAGCAAACAUCAGUUCUACCUGCUUCAAGCUGAACUCACUCCAAAUACAAGCCCUCUUACAGAACUACAUCCCAGAGGAUAAUGAGCCUCGCAUCCCUCAAUCACUGAUUGACCGUGUUGUGACCGUCGCCAGGAACAUGGCCGAUGACUUGGCCCAUUCUGACGGCAAUGAAAUUAAAGUGGAAGAAGACCGAGAGCUGCAGUUACCGUUUCUACUACCAGAGGAUGGUUAUUCCUGCGAUAUCAUCCGAGGUGUACCAAAUGGCUUACCCGAUUUCCUUGAAACGUUUAUCAGGAAUGGGGUUUGUCGUUUUACACCUCAACCCAGUUCUAAAGGUCUGUGGACUGUAUAUAUGGUUGGGUUAGACCAGCAAGGACCAAGACUUAAUGAGAUUCAUCAGAAGGAAGGCGGAUUUCCAGCACAUGUACCACACCCAGAUGAAUUGCCACCAGAACCUGAAAUAAUUGAAGUUGUGUUUGAGAAAGUGAAAGGCAGUAUAGGACUAAGUAUUGUAGCUGCUAAGGGUGAUGGCCAGAUGUCACGAGGAAUCUACAUCAAGUCAGUUGUGCCCGGUGGAGCAGCUGCUUUGGAUGGUCGGUUGCAGGCUGGUGACCAGUUACUGGAAGUAGAUGGUCGAAGUUUAGUGGGUUUAAGCCAAGAGAAAGCUGCUAAUUUGAUGACAAAAACUGGCCAUGUGGUUCGGUUGAAAGUAUCAAAACAAGGAGCAAUUUACCAUGGUCUAGCAACUCUGCUCAGUCAGCCGUCACCAGUCAUCCCAAGAGCUAACAGUCCCAAGAGGAAUGGUCCACCUAAUGCUUACCCGAAUAAGGGUCACCACAGAAGUGAGGAGAAUCUGAAUGUAAAUGGGAUGCCUAAUGAUAUGGCUCGACAGCCUCCCCUUCAUCAAGGUCCAUCUCGUGAUUUCCGUGAUAUGCCUCGACAGGGGCCUCCUCUGCAACAAGGCCCACCUCCAGAAAUGGCACGUCAUGGACCACCUCAUCAAGGGCCACCUCAUCAAGGGCCCCCGCAUCAAGGAUCUCCUCAUGAAAUGGCUCACUCAGGUAUGCCAGUCCAAGGUUCCUCUCGUGAAAUGCCUCGCCAAGGUAUGCCUCAUGACAUGGUCCGACCUGGCCCUCCACGCCAAGGCUCUCCUCAAACUGGUUCUCCUCGAGAAAUGUCUCGUCAAGGGCCACCACAGCCAGGUUCUCCUCGUAAUCUGAACCAAGGUUCACCACAGUACCAAGGCCCUCCACGUGAUAUGAUUCGUCACCAAGGACCACCUCCACCAGGAUAUAAAAAGGAAUUUCGUGAUGGUCCCCCUAGAAUUCAAGCACAUGAUGUGAGGCCACAAUAUUAUACCCUUGCCCCACAGUCUUCUCCUUCCUCAAACAGUGAAGGAUCUGCUUCUGAUCCCCGCAACCAGAAAAACAAUCCCAACUACCAGAGCCGCACUUUACCUCAAGGUGAAGUGAUGAAGCCACCCCCAGGGAGUAUGCCACACCUACGUGACCCAAACAUGUCCAAUCAACAAGACUCUCCGAGUAACCUCCGGAACCCAGCUGCAAAUGGGCCCAUGAGAGCCAAUCAGGGUUCUCCACACCGGCAGCAACAACACCACCUAGGGCAGCCCUUCAUGAAUGGUGGUAACAGACCGGGUUUUGAACAACGAAAUGCUUCUCCUAACAAUCAAAUUCCUCCAACAGAUUCUCGCUAUCCUGGACCCCUUUCUAGAAGCCCAGAUAUUAGCAAGCAGCAUGAUCCAUCAGGGAAACCUAUGGACAAUCGGAACAUCGACCCAUAUCAAAGAAUUCCAGAAAAUGCCAGACAGGGAAACAUCAACAAACAGGACCCGCUGCGAUAUUCUCGAGCUGGCCCCACAGAAAUGGUCAGACAUGUCCAAAACUUACCUGAUCGAGGGGCUGCUUAUACACCAAGUCCUAUUCCACCAUAUCAGCCAAAAGGUACACCACCACUUGCUAAUCAACCUCCUACUUCUGUUCAUUCAUCAAUGAAUAACGCAGUGAAGGAUGAUCGACCAGUUUCAGUUGCAUAUCCUGGCAGUCGUCCUGACCGUCAAGAUUAUUCUGGAAACCAGCUGCGUCCGAGGUCAGACGAGAUAAGUACGGAUAAGGUCCGUGAAUGGCAGAUGAAAUAUGACUUGGACAACAGUCGAAACUAUGGGGGUGUUAAUGGCGCUGAACAGAAUUUCAAUCGGUUUGGUAAUCACACAGAAUCGCCUGAGCAGAAACCCCAGCCAUCACACUAUGCAAAAAUUCGAGCGGAACCUCCUUCUCAAGAAAUCAGACAAGACAUUCCAAAAGCAUCGGUCAACAACCAAGCUCGCCAACAGCAUUUCUUUGAGAAAACCAAAGAACGUAUGCAAGAACCAGCACCUCCUUUCCACCAGCUGCCAAAGGCAGGAGACCAACAUAUUGUAAAGAAACCAGCAGUUCCUCCAAAGAAGGUGGCUCUAAAACCAGUGGAACCAAUUCCAGCAACCACUGAUAUUGGUCGUGUCAAUGUCCAAGAGAAUUACGUGUUGCAUCAGAACCUCUAUAAUGCAAGGCUUGGACCUGACGAACAUCUGUACAUGCCGCCAACGUCAACAGCAACUGCAAACAGAAUGGUUUAUGUUGAUCAGGAAGGUUCCUACUUACCACCACCCCCAGAGAUUCCACCUGAUUUGCCUCCACCCCCUGCACCUGAAGAUCUUCAGGAUAUUCUCCCUCCACCGCCACCUGAUAACAUCAAGUAUAACAACUACACUCCAGAGAAUGUGCAGUGGAAUCGGUCAAACAGGUACUCUGAAGAAUUCGGUCGGGUUGAUUUCCAUGAUAAUCUCAAAGAAGGCACUACAUACCAACACAUGGUCCCUAACAACAUGAACUCCAACUCCCACACUCAGUACACCAUCCAGCAGAACAACUACAACCAGGACCCCCAUCCAAACGAGAAGCAAUUUGGUCAUCAAGGCUUCCUUCCAUCCCACACAGGCCCUGUUAACAUGGUCAAGAACAAGAGUGGGCCACCCCUUCUUCCUCCCACACAAGAACAACCUCAGCUUUCUUCAAGUGUCCCCUUUUGGGAUGGUGACGAGAAUAUAGACCCUCAUGAUAUAAACAAGCUUAGGGAGCUUGAGAUAAAGAAGCUGACCGAGAUGAAGUAUCGUCAACCACAGGAUGAAGACAGACUGAGGAAGCUCCAGCUGGAAGACGAAUUCCAACGCCGUGUCAAAGAAGUUGGUGAUAGAGAUGAGGAUGAUGAUGAUGAUGAUGGCUCAGAAGCUGGUCACAGUCAAUACAGAGUUCAGAGUAGAGAAUGGCUGAUUAACACUAUGCAGGAUGACCUCCAGAAGAUUCUUAACCGGCUUCGACAGAUGGAAGAAGACCAAGCGACUGAAGAAUAUGAAAAAGAAAAAGACAGAAUGAAGUGCCUUCGUCAAAGGCUUGAAAUCUUUGAGAAGGAAAAGGCUGAAGAUCAAAUUCGUCAACAGAAACGGCAACAACGGAAACAGUCAGAACAGGAACAACACCUUCAGAAACAAAGGGAAAUGAGAGAAAAACAGAGAAGAGAUAUUGAAGAACAGAGAAAGUUAUAUUUGAUGGAAGAAGAAAUGAUGAAAGAUAGAAAAAUCCAAGAACUUCGUAGGAAAAAAGAAAUGGAAAAAGAACAAAUCCUUGCAACACGAGAAGCUGAAGAAUUCCGUCAACAAGCUGAACAAAAGCGCUUGGAAGAGAAACAGCUUCAGGAACAAGCUGACAGACAGAUGGGCCGAUACUCAAACAUAUCCAAGUCGAAUAUCAGCUCUAAAAUGUAUUCAAAUAAUACUUAUACAGAACAUGGUCCCAAUCUGACAUACCAAACAGCCCCUGAGAAGAACUUCACAGCAGCACCACAGCCUCCUGAGAGAGGGUCUUCAUUUGAAACCCUCAACCAAUACCAGCAGCGUAAUUUGAUAAAACCUCUCCCUUCUGAUCAAAUGCCCCCUGAUCACAACAAUAUGGGUAAAAGUGUUAGCACAUCUGCUUUGCGAACAAACCAGGAUGUGACGGCCCCUAAAAAGUCAGUUUCCUUCAAUACUCAGCUGGAAACCCGGAUCAGUGCUGCCUAUAGCGAUGAUGAACGAUCAUCCAACCCUUCUUUCCGUUCUUCUGGUGAGUUUUCCCCAAAUCUCAGCCCCUCUUUCCUUGGAAACAAUGAACCAUCUGAAUUGUCACCAAAAGUGAACAAUGAGGUAUUCACUCAAGACUCUCACCAAUCAACACCACCACCACCUCCUCCAGCAACAACAAAUUCAGUUGAAGUGCACUAUAGGGUUGCUGAAACCCCUGGUGUGAUUGGUGGACAGGAAAUCUAUCGCGACCCCCGCACAAGAAUCCAAGCAAAGAAAGCUGCUAUUUCUAUAAAAUCUCCCGGCCCCGAACGGAUGUCAUUUAGGGAUAAAAUGAAAUACUUUGCGCAAGAGGCCGGAGAAGGCACUCCGAAGGAGAAACCGAAAGCAUCUCGUGUACAAAGGGAUAUAGAAUAUGCUAUGAAUGGUCAAUGACCUACUGCAAAUAAGAAUUACAAAAAUUGACAUGGAAAUAUUUGGUAAAUAAAGGAGCCAUUUGGCUUGAGGGGUGAGAAUUGGGAGAGGGUUGUGGAGUGAGAUGGGAUAGCAAUUUCUUCCAAAAUUUAGUGUGUGUGUGAUUUACACACUUCUCACUCCUUCAUAAAUGGCAUUUAGUUUUUUUGUUUUUUUUUUUGCAUUGUAUUUUUCUUCCUCUGGGAUAUUAACUGUACAUUAUGCUCCAGAAGUGAGGCACAAACACUGCUGUCCAUCAACACCCCCCCCCCUUUUUUUUUUUUUUUUUGGAUAGUCAAAACAAUGAUAUAUUAUUUUUAUUUUGGGCCUUGUGCCUAAUGUUAGGAAUUAUUACUAAUAUUGUUAUACAGGAUAAAUUCUUUAUUUAAAAAAAGAAAAAAAAGGAAUAAAAAUACAUAGUUGACUAUUUAUUACCGAAAAUAAUGACUGCCGCUGCCACCAAGUUCCUGGAUCUGUCUUUCUGAUGUAAAUAAACAUAAUAAAAACAAUAAAAAUGAGGUUAUCUCAUUUACCUGCAGCAGUAAAUAUCAAUAAAAUAUAUUUUAAAAAGAAA